GAGCCGCAUAAGCGCGCUCAGUGACCCGGACACCAAGGCCCGCGCGCGGCGGAGGCGGCGGCAGAAGCCUGGCCACAGUGACCCGGAUUUUGGAUUUACCGCUCGGGGGGUGGGGGGAGCCUGGAUUUAACUGGCGACUGUUUUGGGGGACGCCGGAAGCCAUGUUGUGGAAAAUAACCGAUAAUGUCAAGUAUGAAGAGGACUGCGAGGAUCGCCACGACGCGAGCAGCAAUGGGAACCCGCGCCUUCCGCACCUUUCCUCAGCCGGGCAGCACCUCUACAGCCCCGCGCCGCCCCUCUCGCACGCUGGAGUCGCGGAAUACCAGCCGCCCCCGUACUUCCCGCCUCCCUACCAGCAGCUGGCGUACUCGCAGUCGGCCGACCCCUACUCGCACCUCGGAGAAGCGUACGCCGCCGCCAUCAACCCGCUGCACCAGCCUGCCCCCGCCGGCAGCCAGCAGCAGGCCUGGCCGGGCCGCCAAGGCCAGGAGGGCGCCGGCCUGCCAUCGCACCACGGGCGCCCAGCCGGCCUGCUGCCCCACCUUUCGGGGCUGGAGGGCGGCGCCGUGAGCGCCCGCAGGGAGGCCUACCGCCGUUCCGACCUGCUGCUGCCGCACGCGCACGCCCUGGAUGCCGCGGGCCUGGCCGAGAACCUGGGGCUCCAUGACAUGGCGCAGCAGAUGGAGGAGGUGCAGACUGUCGACGAGCAGCACAUGCUUUUGCACGAUCAAACGGUCAUUCGGAAAGGUCCUAUUUCAAUGACCAAGAACCCCCUGAGUCUCCCCUGUCAGAAGGAGCUGGUAGGAGCCGUGAUGAACCCCAGCGAAGUCUUCUGCUCCGUCCCGGGAAGACUGUCCCUUCUCAGCUCCACAUCAAAAUACAAAGUGACAGUGGCUGAAGUGCAGCGGCGACUGUCCCCGCCUGAAUGCUUAAAUGCCUCCCUACUGGGAGGUGUUCUCAGAAGAGCCAAGUCUAAGAAUGGGGGCCGUUCUUUGCGGGAGAAGUUGGACAAGAUUGGGUUGAACCUCCCAGCCGGCCGACGGAAAGCCGCCCAUGUGACUCUCCUGACGUCCCUAGUAGAAGGCGAAGCUGUUCAUUUGGCUCGGGACUUUGCAUACGUCUGUGAAGCCGAGUUCCCCAGUAAAUCGGUGGCCGAAUACUUGACCCGACCUCAUCUAGGAGGACGGAAUGAGAUGGCAACCCGGAAGAACAUGCUGCUGGCGGCCCAGCAAGUGUGUAAAGAGUUCACGGACCUUCUCACUCAAGACCGAACGCCCAACGGGAACAGCAGGCCCACUCCGGUCUUGGAGACCAGCAUACAGAACUACCUGUCUCAUUUCAGCUUGAUCACCCACGGGUUUGGCAGCCAGGCCAUCUGUGCCGCCAUGUCUGCCGCGCAGAACUACAUAAAAGAAGCUCUGAUGGUAAUAGACAAAUCUUACAUGAACCCUGGAGACCAGAGCCCAGCCGACUCCAACAAAGCCCUUGAGAAGAUAGAGAAGCACAGGAAAUAAGAU